AUGGCUGCUUGGGAACAUGAUUUGAGAGAAAUGUUCACUCAACACGAUAAAGAUAUGUCUGGCUUCAUCAGUAAAGAUGACAUCAUCUGUAUGCUUUUGGGAGCUGAUAAGGAUGAUCAGAAGGAUCCAGCCUUCAAGGCUAACCUUAAAUUCUUAAUUAACGUUAUUAAGAGUGCCGAUAAGAAUGGAGAUAGCCAAAUAAGUUUCGAAGAGUUCAAGCAGUACAUCGAUAAGGCUACCUCAGAACCAUCUCAGUGA